UCUGGGUUUGAUUCAAAUACAAGAAACCGGCAGGAGGAAAAUGGAUGAUAGCUGGAUCUAUGAUUGAACACCAACUGUCUCUGUAUUUUUUUAUCUUCUAUUCCUUCAAUUCAAUCAGUUUCUAUCUCUGAGAAAAUCUCAAUCUCAAGUCUUGUCUGAUCCUGAAACCCGUUAAUAGAAUUAGAAAUGUCACUAUUUCUGGAUAAAAAGUAAAAUCUAAAACUUGAGUUCUAUUCUGGUGGUAAAUUCAUGGCUGAUCCUCAUAUAAACGUACAACAAAGAGACCCACCUCCUGCUCAGCUACCUCUUCUCAAUUCAAACACAAACCGCCACCCAAACCAAAGCCAUGAUCAUAAGGGGAGUCAAGAAACCGAUCUUGACAAGAAGCUCAAAAGGCUUGAAAAUUUUCUGUCUGUUCUGGGUUUUAGCCAGUCUUCAGUUUUGGGUUUUGUCUUGUCUUGGUCUGCUUUUCUACUUAUAGGAGUGUUACUCCCAGUUGUGAUACUUGAACUCUCCAAUUGCCCCGGGUGUGGGAAGGGUCAAGUUAAGGAUUUUGAGCUGGUUAUUGUGGCCUCUCAGGCCUGUGUUGCGGCUGUUUCGCUGCUCUGUCUCUCGCAUAAUCUUCGUAAGUAUGGUAUCAGGAGGUUUCUCUUCGUUGAUCGUUACAGUGGCCAAAUGGCUCGCUUCAGCCAUCAAUAUAUUCAGCAGAUAAGGGGUUCCGUACGCUUGCUUGUAAUGUGGUCAUUACCAUGUUUUAUUCUGAAGACUGUACGCGAGGUCAUCCGAAUUUUAUAUGUUCAUCAUGAAUCAUGGUGGCUGUCUACUGCAAUUUGUUUAGCUUUGAUUGUAUCCUGGACUUACUUGAGUAUGAUAUCUCUAUCAGCCAGCUUAUUGUUUCAUCUAGUCUGCAACUUGCAAGUUAUUCACUUUGAAGACUAUCCAAAGCUCAUGGAAAGGGAGUCUGACAUUUUAGUAUUAAUAGAGGAGCACAGGCGUCUAUGUUAUCAUCUCACUAAGAUAAGCCACAGAUUUCGAAUUUAUCUCAUUUUAGAGUUCGUAGUUGUCACAGCAAGCCUAUUUGUAACUCUUUUCCAGACUACAGGCUACAGUGGAAAAAUUACGUACAUUAAUGGUGGUGAUUUUGCAGCAUCCUCAAUCGUUCAGGUUGUUGGCAUAAUCAUUUGCUUACAUGCAGCAACAAGAAUUUCUCAUAGGGCCCAAAACACUGCAUCGCUGGCGAGUAGAUGGCAUGCAGUGGCAACAUGCAGCUCUACUGAUGCAUCUCAACUGAGAAUGUCAAACAGUGGGGGGAACUUGGAAGCCUCUGCUUCAUUGAACUCAUUGCAUAUGAAUUAUUCUGAAAGUGAUUUGGAGUCUUUGGAUUAUCUUGCAAUGCCAACAAGCGCUCAACUGGCUUCUUAUAUGUCCUCAUAUCACAAGAGACAAGCCUUUGUAUUGUAUUUGCAGACAAAUCCUGGAGGCAUUACCAUAUUUGGAUGGACGGUUGACAGGACUCUUAUCACAACAAUCUUCUUCAUUGAACUCUCUCUGGUUACAUUUGUACUUGGAAAGACCAUAGUUCUCGGUACUAGUUGAUCCCUCUGUCAUGUCUGCUCUCACUACAUCCCCUGAAAUUAUUCAGGUUUAAAAAGUCGAAACCAUGACCACCUCACAACAUACAUACUGAUGGGCAAUCACAGCAACCAUGCUCAAGAAUGGAGAAAGAUCAGUAUAAAUCUUGGAAAUUGCCCGGAUAAAGGAGAGAGGAAAACACAAACUGAGAGAAGCAAAGUUUUUGAGUGGAUGCUGUUACUUAACACAUUUCAUACAUAGAACAAUAUAUCCGUUGGCCUGAAAGUGGAGGAUGCGGCUCCUUAUGGUUUCCUCGCCCGAGACCCUUACUGAUUCCAGAUAUCAAAGUUAUGUUUAUCACAUGAUUAAACUACAUUUGUGUGUUAUGUAUUGUUGUUGCCAAAUUCGUUUCAAAUUUAUCAUAGGUAAAACCCCGAUCAAAUGAACAGGGUUCAAAUUUCUCAA